AUGAAGCCGACAGACAAGCACUUCCGAUGUGACAUCUGUAAUCGUGCAUUCACGCGUAUUGAUCACCUCAAACGCCACCAUUUGCGCCAUUCUGGCCAGAAACCCUAUUCCUGCGUAUUCUGCAACGACUCGUUCGCCCGCUGUGACAAUCUCCGCGUCCAUUACAAUGAUUGCGCCAGGCGCGGGGAUCGCGAAAUUCCCGAGACAGGUCAGAGGGGUAGGCGGCGUCAUGCUUGUCAAACGUGUACCUCGAUGAAACUGCGGUGCGAUGGACGAAGCCCUUGUGGAUCGUGCCAGAAGAGAAAAUUGAUGUGCAACAACGAGCGGACGGCAGGUCAGAGUCACCUAGGGACGGAAGAAGAAAUAUUGGGGAAACCCGAAAUCUCCGAAGAGCCAUCCGACCGAGGAUCAAUCAAAUUCCUACUUAAUGGUGGCACCGAUAGCUUCACAGAAAACUUUCGACUUCCCCCACGCAGUGAUCGUACGCGCAGUCUCAACUAUCAUAAUACAAAUGGCUUCGAGGAAUUGCAGGGCACAGGGUUUCCAUACAACAUUGAUACCGCUCGGCCGGAAUACGGCUCUGGGUUCAUCGAUUCCGAACCUGUCGCGCCGCAGUUCUUCCAAGAUACUUUCCUGGACUUUUUCCACGGCCCUUUUGGUCAUGGACAUAAGCCCACGGAAAAUCCUUAUCAUACCGGUGAACUGGGCUACCAGUCCGCCAUCCCUCCAGGGCAGCAUCCCACUACAUUUCCCAGGGAUCCGCCUAUCUUUGAACCGGAGCGACCGUUCGCGACGACAUUAAUUCAUUUAAUAUUAACACAAGCGUGGCAGGUCCCGCUUGAUUCCAAAGCGCAGGAGGAGGUAUCCGAACACCUCAACUUUCUACUAACCACCGCGCGCAUACGGAAAUACGUUACGCUCUAUUUCAAAUAUUGGCAACGUAGCUGCGCAAUGCUUCCUAUAUCCUUUGAUCCAGAGACAGUUCCCCUGCCGCUCCUAGCCGCGGUAAUCUUUAUGGGCGCAAUGUACAGUAGCGACCAGAGGGAAGUAUACGUCGCUAAGAGAGUGCUGGAUUUUGCAGAGCUAUUCAUCUUUGCGAAUGAUGUGUUCUCGGCAGAGAGCGAAAUCAGCGCCACGUUCUCAGGCGGCCGGUGCUUCGACGAGGAGAACAGUGAUUGGGAUUGUUUCCAGAACUUUCAGGCUGGGGUUAUCAUCACUAUUGUUCAAUACUGGGCGGGAAACCGUUUGUCUCGAAAUCGCGCGAUGGAGAACCGAUUUGGUGAGGUUGUGAAGGUUGCUCGACGAAUUGAACUUGUCAAAGCCCGUCACCUUCCUGAUGACCAGGUCCUGGAGCGCUUGUGGAUCCAAAAGGAGUGUCGUAUUAGGACUAUUUGUACGAUUUCGCUGCUCGACUGCGCAUUCUUUUUCUUUCAAAACUACCCGUGUCGCCUGACACAUACUGAAAUGGAAUGCGAUCUGCCCUGCGGUGAAUUGCUUUUCUUCUCCGAGCACCCAUUUGCGGAGCCAAAUUUCCGCUUUUCACGCGGCAUUAGGCUUUCGGAGGCUUUUAAAAAUUUGUUUGACGAAGCACCCGAGUCUAAUCCGAUGGACCUCACUGCUUUAGACAUGUUUAUCUUGAUUCAUAUUCUGUUCUCAUUUAUUAAUACCCACAUGACACUUCUUGGUUCUUCUGUACGCAUGGGACAUUUCAAGAAUCCCAGGAAAAAUGCCGGGGUAGGCACAAAAGACACCACCGCGAUUCCUGAAGAUUAUAUCCUCGUUGCGAUCCGGACUGCUCUAUCCCGCUGGCGUGAUCACUGGAUGGCACUGCGCAAUAGAGUUUCAAGUGACGAAUGGGCGUCGAUGGGUUUCUAUAAGAAUGGGUAUAAUUUUUGGCUGGUAUCCCAACUCCUUAUCACCAGAAAGGAUGCUGUUGAUGUGGUGAUGCAGAUGGAAGUGCACUGCGAAGACAAAUUGGACCAGCUGAAGGUGUUGCUACUUGACGAUCAGGAAGAUGUAUAA